UACAGGGGAUGACCAGAGACUGCGGACACAGUACAGGGGAUGACCAGAGACUGCGGACACAGUACAGGGGAUGACCAGAGACUGCGGACACAGUACAGGGGAUGACCAGAGACUGCGGACACAGUACAGGGGAUGACCAGAGACUGCGGACACAGUACAGGGGAUGACCAGAGACUGCGGACACAGUACAGGGGAUGACCAGAGACUGCGGACACAGUACAGGGGAUGACCAGAGACUGCGGACACAGUACAGGGGAUGACCAGAGACUGCGGACAGUACAGGAGGUGACCAGAGACUGCGGACACAGUACAGGGGUGACCAGAGACUGCGGACACAGUACAGGAAAAGACCAGAGACUGCGGACACAGUACAGGAAAAGACCAGAGACUGCGGAUACAGUACAGGAAAAGACCAGAGACUGCGGACACUGUACAGGGAAUGACCAGAGACUGCAAGCACGGUACAGGGGAUGACCAGAGACUGCGGACACAGUGCAGGGAAUGACCAGAGACUGCGGACACAGUGCAGGGAAUGACCAGAGACUGCGGACA